AUGGCCUCUACAACCACCAAGAUUGGCCAUGGCCUGGCCAAGGUACUUGGGAUUGAUUUGCACUACCGCAAUGAAACUGGAUCGGAGCGCAUUACCAGAGGAGAAUCUGUGUUUUCUGUCACUUCGGCAGACACAUAUGUUGAAGAGGAACCCACCGCUAUGGACUGGCUUCGCGAAGUGACCCCGUCAGGCCGAGAUAUCGUCAAUUAUCUCGUUCGACUCUUCCCAUUUUUGAACUGGAUUACACGAUAUAAUCUACAAUGGCUUAUUGGAGAUCUCGUCGCAGGUAUUACGGUCGGUGCCGUCGUUGUUCCACAGAGUAUGGCAUAUGCAAAACUUGCUCAACUGCCUCCUGAGUUUGGUCUUUACUCAUCAUUCAUGGGUGUGUUGCUUUAUUGGUUCUUUGCUACCUCAAAGGACAUCACUAUCGGCCCGGUCGCUGUUCUUUCCACCGUCACCGGAAAUGUUGUCCUCAGUGCUGAGAAGAAGCUCCACGACGUCCCCCGAGAUAUAAUUGCAUCUUCACUCGCAAUUAUCGCCGGUUCUAUCGUUCUAUUCCUUGGCCUCGCUCGUCUGGGAUGGAUUGUCGAUCUUAUCACCCUCGCGGCAAUCAGUGCCUUCAUGACCGGUUCGGCCAUCAACAUUGCAGUAGGACAAGUGCCUACUAUGAUGGGAAUAACGGGUUUCUCCACGCGCGAAGCGACCUAUAAGGUAGCAAUCAACAUCCUGAAGCAUCUUGGACGGUCCGACCUGAACGCAGCCAUUGGGUUGACUGCAUUGGCCAUGCUCUAUAUCAUCCGUGGCGUCUGCACCUAUCUGGGAAAGCGCUACCCGUCAAGGCAGAAGACGUUCUUUUUCAUUAGCACAUUGCGAACUGCCUUCGUUAUCUUGCUAUACAUCCUCAUCAGCUAUUUGGUUAACAGGAGUCAUAAGGCAAAUGGGACAAAGCCAAAGUUCGCUACUCUUGGCAAAGUUCCGCGAGGUUUUCAGCAUGCAAGGGUUCCCCACAUCACGACCGAUAUCAUCUCCGCUUUCGCAAGUGAGCUCCCUUCAACUGUAAUUGUGCUCUUGAUCGAGCACAUAUCGAUCUCCAAGUCCUUUGGAAGGGUGAACAACUACACUAUCGAUCCCUCCCAGGAAUUGGUUGCUAUUGGCGUCACUAACGUCCUUGGACCAUUCUUGGGCGCUUAUCCUGCAACUGGGUCUUUCUCCAGAACAGCCAUCAAGUCGAAGGCUGGCGUACGAACUCCUUUCGCUGGUGUCAUAACUGCUAUCGUCGUCCUGUUGGCCAUCUAUGCCCUCCCCGCAAUGUUUUGGUACAUUCCAAAUGCUGCACUGGCUGGAGUCAUCAUCCACGCUGUCGGAGAUCUCAUCACCCCUCCCAACACCGUUUAUCAAUUUUGGAGAAUCUCGCCUCUAGAGGUGCCCAUUUUCUUCGCCGGUGUUUUCGUCACCAUCUUUAGCAGCAUCGAGAACGGCAUUUAUACCACUAUCUCUGUUUCUGCUGCCUUGUGGAUAUUCCGUGCCUUCAAGGCCAAGGGUCGUUUCUUGGGCAGAGCAAAGAUUCAUUCAGUCAUCGGCGACCAUCUCCUGGACCGAAGCGAUGAAGCCAAGGAAGACAAGCCUUUCAAUCCACGCAAGAAGAGUCCAUCUGAGAAUGAAGAUUCUGUGCGGAAUGUGUUCCUUCCAAUCGACCAUAAUGAUGGCUCCAAUCCUCAGAUUCAGCUAGAGGACCCGUAUCCAGGCAUUUUCAUCUAUCGGUUUUCCGAAGGCUUCAAUUAUCCCAAUGCCAAUCACUACCUGGACGAGUUGGUUGCGACCAUAUUCAAAAAGACACGUCGCACUAAUCCAGCAACAUAUGGAAGACCUGGUGAUCGCCCCUGGAACGACCCGGGCCCACGCCGUGGCAAGGAGGUUGACCCCACCGAUGAGCGACCUACGCUCAAGUCCAUCAUCCUUGAUUUCUCCUCCGUGAACAACGUCGACAUUACCUCCAUUCAGAAUUUGAUCGAUGUGCGAAACCAGCUAGACCGAUAUGCAGCUCCCGACACGGUAGAUUGGCACUUCUGUAACAUCAACAAUCGAUGGACCAAACGUGCACUUGCCGCUGCUGGAUUCGGCUACUAUACUCCGGAGCCCGAAGGGUCCGAGAUUCAUCGAUGGAAGCCGAUCUUCAGUGUUGCAGAUAUGGGAGGAAGCUUGAGCGCUACAACUGAGGCUGAGGAACGUGAGAUCAGGCAUGCUGCUGCAUUGGCGGCUAAGCACGAUCUAGAGCAUACUACCCAUCCCGCUGCAGGACGAAGCGCUUCUCAAUCCUCCUCGUCUGAAGACCUGGAUCAUCAACUUGGUGCUAGCAAAGCGUACCAUGGAUAUGGUAACCAAAAGCAGCAACGGAUUGUAGUUGUACAAGGUCUCAAUAGGCCAUUAUUCCAUGUCGACAUCACAGCCGCUUUGAAUAGCGCGCUUGCUAAUGCGCAGAGGAAGUCGCAUUAG